UGUUGAUUGGUUUAUACUGUUGCUAUGCUUAUGAUGUCACAUUUUCUAUAUUACCCCCUCUCUGCCUAUGUUCAGAGUCAGACCUCAUGGCAAAAUUCUGAAUUUGUGUAGGACGCUGACCAGUAAUGCUUUCUUUAAUAAACUAAGUCUUAAAAUUUCAAUUGGCCUGUUCGUCUGAACCUCCGUCCAACGAACCCGGGGACAAAGUUUUCCCCUACAGUUUCCUGGUGUCAGCAGUGGGAUGCGGCAGAACACCGAGUUGGCAGCUUGAACAGUCUGGGGACACAACUGACACCCCUGGCGCCAAAACUCAGAGGUCAGUGCAGCUUUACCCAUUCCAACUGAUGUUCCCUGCCAUGCUUUGAGACCUGGUGAUUGGGUCCUAGUAAAGGAAUUUCGCCGAAAGGAUUGCCUGCAACCUAGAUGGAAUGGACCCUAUCAAGUCCUGCUAAGCACUAAUACUGCUGUAAAGGUUGAUGGAAAGUCUGCCUGGAUCCACGCAUCUCAUUGCAAAAGGACAUUAAUGCCAAAGAAAGAAGAACAAAUCAACCCAGAACCAGCCCAGUUGGAAUUAGAUCCCACUCAAAUGGCAACUGAGGAAGAAGGUCUUCAAGAAACGAGUGUGGAUACCCCUCACCUUGCUGAGCCCCCUCACAACUAUAACCUUUGUCCUAGAAGACAAGCCAAGAAAAGGUAACUAAUCAGUGCUAUUAACACCAAGGUGAACUCAUAGACAACGAAACCCAGAAGAAUUGCCUGCAGAGGCAAGCCAAACAAUACUUGCCAACAUGACUGCUAAGUUUAUUAUGGCUACAGUGCUACUUAAUUUAGCCAUAUUAGGUGCCCCUAAUGCAUACCUUGGUCUGCUACAGAAGAUAUCAAUAGCCCUAAACGUCUCAGAUUGCUGGGUGUGUGGUCUUAGUCCUAGGGCUUAUAGCGAAGGAUUUCUUAUGAUACCUCGCCCCUUGAGUUUAGAAAAUUUAACUGUGUGGUGGGCAGACCCAAAUAAUGCCACUUGGACUGAUGCAAGGUACCUUACGGUGAUUCCUUUACAGGGAGAAAUGUGUUGGGUACUCAACUACUCCCAACAAAAUUUUUAUUCAGUGGGAAAUAGUAGUUGUAAACAUUAUGAUAUGGGAAAAGGAGUGUGGAUGAACAAUCAUACUAAAGAGAGAACAUGGUGCCAAAGUUUUAAUAGAUGGUAUAACCCAUAUAACCAGACUAGUGGAACUGGUGCAAUAUCUUGCAAACCAGUGAAGUGGUCACAUAUCACCAUAUGGGAAUGUUCUACUUUAGGAGGGCAUUGCUAUAGAGAUGGCACCAUAAAGUCAGCAUCUCCUGACAGUUUGGGAAGGCCAUCUCCUAUUGGAGGUCGGUUUACCCUAGACUGGUAUGAAGGCUCUUUUAGUAAUAACCAGGCCCUGCAAGGAACCUAUUGGGUAUGCGGGACUAAAGCCUAUCAUCAACUACCGCCAAAUUGGUUCAGAACUUGUUAUCUAGCCUGGCUAACCCCUCCAGUCAGAGCUACAAAAGUUCUGCCUCCAGGGCAUCACCGAAAUAAAAGAGAAAGCCCCAAGCGAGCAGAUCGAGAACAAGAUGCGAUAGCUACCCUUGAAUCUUAUAAAAAUCCUUUAACCGUGGGAAAAUUAAUUGGGUGUUCUGUAGCAGGAAUAAUUCCACUAAUUACUGGUCCAGCUAUCUCCUGUUUGGGAAGAUAUACCCUGCGACUACAAGCGGUAGUUGAAAUAUUGGCCCAAGAAACUGAAACUGCCAUAGCCAGUCUGGGAAACGCUAUAAAGAUCAUAGCCGGAAAUCAAGAUAAUUUACGACUAAUGGUUAUGCAGAACCGAUUAGCCCUUGACUAUGUUUUAGCAUCUGAAGGGGGUGCCUGCGUUGUAAUAGGCCAAGAGUGUUGCACUUAUGUAAAUAGUACCUUUGAAUUAGUAGAAAACCAAGUUAAUAAUGCGAUGGUUCAUGCUGCAAAAGCCGCUGAAGCAGCCUUCAUUCCCAAGGAUUCUUCAGUAGAUGGGUUUGCUUGGUUAGAUCCUAGGGGAUUAUUCAAAGGUCUGAUUGGGAAAAUAAUGUCUGCUUUGUGUAUAGUUUUAAUUUUAGGGUUAAGUUUGUAUGUGAUUGUGCAGCUAGUUUUAUGUUGCACAAAGUUGUGUGUUAAAAAGUCUGAACGAACUCUCUCAUCUAUUUCCAAAGAAACGGUUAAAAACAUGGUGUUAGAACUAAGAAAUAAUGAAAUAGAGAUAGCGAAACUAUGGACAGACCUGUGCCAAAUAGAAAUAGAGUGAUCCUCCUUCGGAAGGAUCAAAGGGGGGAAAUGAAGGGGAAAAACAAAAUGGUUCCAGUCUGCCAUUCUGUUUGUGAGCGAGUCAUGUAGCCAGGUCAUGACCUUGCUGUUACAGACUGGUUUAAACUAGUUUUUUUCUUCAGUAACAAGUUGAAGACAUGUGCAGACUUGUCUGCGUCAUGGCUAAUGUUGAUUGGUUUAUACUGUUGCUAUGCUUAUGAUGUCACAUUUUCUAUAUUACCCCCUCUCUGCCUAUGUUCAGAGUCAGACCUCAUGGCAAAAUUCUGAAUUUAUGUAGGACGCUGACCAGUAAUGCUUUCUUUAAUAAACUAAGUCUUAAAACUUCAA